AUGAAAUCUCAGCUCUACAUUUUUGUUUUUAUAUGCACGUGUAACAGAAUUCUUCGUCCUACAAUGAUAUUUCAAAAUAAAAAAUUGCUGCCUCCAUCUAUACUAAAUACUAUUAUGGCUAAUGGAAGUUUUAUGAGGCAUUCCUUUGAUGCUGAAAUGUGUCAUUAUCCAAUGAAUUAG